ACGUGGCGAUAACAAACUAAACUAAAGGUUAAAUUAAACUACGCCGUCGGAGGCAUAGGGGGUGCGAUUUUAAGCAGCGAUGGUAAUGAAAUGAAGGUAGCAGCUCAUCGCCGAGUGAAGGCCGCGACCACCUCCGGGAGCGCAGCGCAGCACAGCGCCGUUGCCCUUGGCAACGGUAGUCAAGCGGCGGCGAACAUGGCGGCCAGCGAGCUGGACACCCUGGAGAAGGUGGCUGAACUUCAGCGGCAGCUGCACGCCAGCGAAUGUAAAAGACUGGAGUUGGAAAAGAACCUUUUGGCAUGCAGCAAGUCAGAUCAGUGGAUGCGAAGCAGUGCCAGAUUAAAAAGUUAUUUAAAUGAAGUGCGUGAACGGGAGAGAACAGCCCAACUUCGCAACCAACAAUUGCUGAACGAUUUUGAGAGUUUUCAAGCUCAGGUCACAGCAUUGACAGCAAGCUCAGACACAUGGAAACAAAUGAAGAUGGAAUAUGAAAAGCAGGUGGAAAGGUUACUUCCAGUUUGGAAGGAGAAGUUAAAGACUCAAGGAAUGGACAAGGAAAAAAACAUACAACAAGAAAGAAAUUCAUCAAAUCAAACAAGCACAAAUGUUGGCAAAUACCUGUCAAAGGGAUUAUAUCACACUGCCACUCACUUUAUGGGCCAGCCAACAUCAGAGACUGCAAAUGGAACAUGUUUGAGUCCACAACAAAACUAUUACCUGCCCAUGGAGAGCAUUUUAUCUCCUCAGCCAAACAGGCAGGUGGCAGCAAUGCAGUGUAAUUCAGUGAUGGACAACUUGAAGGUACUCACGUCAAGCAAGGGAAGGCAAAACUUCCAUACUGUUUCUGACACAAUGGACAGGAAGACAGGGCUUCCAGACUGUGAAGUAAUGCCACUCACUCCCAUAAUCUCUUCUAAAACUGCAAGACAUAACAAUGAAGCGAUCGAAAUUAACAGGAACAUUCGAGCAAAAGGUUCAGUUGGCAGUCUGGAAUUAGCUUCACCUGCGGCUCAGUUAGGGCCCAUUAAGGAAGAAAUGAAAGAAGGCACAAUGCAAAAGGACGUUAAGAAUCAACUGCCAGAUAAAGAUAAUAUUCGUAACAAUCCUGCUACGCCUAAACAGACACCUGAGCAGUUUCAGAAAUUGCCCAUGGAUCCAGCACACGACUCUGGUAGUUUUGCCAUGACCCGACAAAGAAGCAAAGUAUUUUAUUUAGAAUCAAAAAAUUGCCAGAAUCAGAAUAAGGAUGCAGCCGAGGCUCUGAAAUCAAGAGAGGAUGUGCAGAGACUGGCAGAUGAGCUGUAUAAUUCAGAAAGUGGUGCAAGUACUUCUGGUAGCAGUGAAGAAUUGCACAUGGAGGAAUGUCUCGAAGACCCUUAUGCUUCCGUUCAAUAUCCUAAAACAACUGUAAAUGGUAAUUUAGUAAAGAGCAACAAGUCACCUUUUACCAAAGAUGAAAGGACUUCAUCUUCCAAAAAAGAACACGGUGUGCAUUCCAUAACUCUGCCACCAGUAAUAGACGGUGGCAAAUCAGUGAACAGCACUCUUUGUGGAGAACCACAUGGACCCCCAGAACAAUCCCAGAAAGAUGAAGAGUGCCUUUCAUUUGAAGGGUUUUGUCACUUACUUCACUCAAUAGAAGAUGCUGUAGGGGGAAGAAAGGCUACCUAUUCAGAACUGUAUCAUAUUUCUGCAAUAAGUAUUGAAAAACUGAAGGAAAUCACAAGGAUAUGCAACAGGAAAGGCAGUUUGAACAAGGAAAGCCUAGAAGCCUGUGGAGCAGUUGUUCUUCACCAGCUCAGGGAACUGUCACGGGGUUCUUCAAAUGGCGCUCUGUUUCCUGACGAACUUUUGAAUAAGUGCUGCGAAGCAGUUGAUGAAAUUAAUUAUAGCUUGUCGAAACUACCUGCUGAAUCUGCCAGACUGUGGGACCAUUGGUACUCUCACAUUCUUUCUUUGUUGGAACAUCAAUUACUGAAUAUAGAUGAAGCAGCAGAGAUAUUUGGACCUUUAUUGGUUGCAGAGAACAGUAACUCAAAAAAGGCAACAGAGUUACUGAAGAAAAUCCUUUCAAAAGCAAUUGAAAACCAGUCUGUUCAAAGCAACGACUCUUCUUGCAAUUUAUCAUCCAUUUUCAAUGACAGUGCAGAAAUUAACACAGUAGACCCCAUGCCAUGGCUCCACGUUAAUAAAACGAAGCAGCAAGCAGAAACAAGAGCAUAUGAACUUUUGAAACAAUCAGCGAUGCAGCCAAAUAAGAAGAAUGAUUCAGACUUGCAUUCACCAGUGAAAAGGAACAAAAAAUAUACCAAGAAGGUGAAAAGUAAUAAUGAUGAUAAUCAUGAAACUGAUUCCAGUGAAGAAAGUGCACCUUUCAGGUGUAAAAACAAACGUGUGGGAAGUAAUCCAGCAAAAUCUAAAGCUUUUUGGGGUGAAUCUGAUGACAGUGCAUCUGAUAUUGAAGCAAUUCUUCACCCUAAAACUUCAGAUGUCUCAAAGGAUGAAGAUGAUUUUGACGAUUUCUUUUCGUAACAAAGACUGAUUCUUUUACUUGCCAGAAGAGACACUAUAACAUAACCAGGAUAUGAAUAUGAAUGUCAUGUGUUGAAACAAAAAAAUACUACAAUUCCUAAUGCUUAUUUCUCUAAUAUUUGAUAUGUAUGCAAACGUGAGAAAGCUAACAAUAGUGAAUCUUGCACAGUCGUGCAACAUUGCUGUGCUUAACCUGUGCUGAGGCCACAUUCAUGGAUAUUUACACAUAGACCCAAGGUAUUCCUUGCCAACAUAAAUUGUGCUUCAACCAAGUGAACAUUAUUGGAAGGAUGGAAGGAAGUCAGGUAUACAAAAAUAAUAAGAUACAUUUUUUUAAAGGUUGUUUGUGAUUGUGUUUGGAUUUGUGGUAAAAUGUUUUAAUAUGUUUAAUUAUUCCUUUAAUUUUCAUGGUUUUUAAGUGUUUCCAGAAGAGAGGGGUUGUAUCUGAACUACCUCUAAAGUUCAAUGGCAUUUUGUAGGUGAUCCGGUGGGAGAUGGGAAGCCAGUGAAGUUCUUUGAGGACUGGAGUGAUGUGAUGCCAGGAUUUGGUGUGGGUGAUGAGUUAGGCGGCUGCGUUCUGGACCAGUUGGAGUCGGUUGAUGUAGGUGGAGCUGAUGCCAAGGAGAAGUGAGUUGCAGUAGUCCAGUCGGGAGGAGAUGAAGGCAUGGAUGAGUCUUUCAACAGCGGGAGGUGUGAGAGAGGGUCUGAUUUUGGCGAUGUUGCGGAGGUGAAAGUAAGCCACACCUGGAGUCGAUGAGGUUAGAGGACGCGCAUGUGAGCCUCUGCUCACCUGGAAGGACUGCUGAGGUCCUUGGAUGAAUGUGAGGGAGGGGCUAUAGAACUCUAUCCUUGUUCCAUCUGGCGGGGAGAGGGAGCGAGUGCAGUUCUAUGGACGCAGAGGACUCACGGGAGAGGGAACCAUUUAUGACAGCAGGAGAGAAACCACGUUUACUAAUCGGAGAGGACAUCCAAUGCAAAGCCUCAUCUUGGGAGCAGAUGCAACGGAGGCAGAGAAAUUGAGAGUAAAGGGAGGACAUCUUGGAUGUCCUAGAAUGGAAAGCCUAAUCCUGAGGGCAAAUGCAGCCGGCUUUGAUGGACAUCAAAGGUGGGAGAAGGGCUUUGUUUGUUGCCAGAGACUUUUAAAAACGUUUCAUCGGACUUGUGCUGCUCACCCUUAUAUCAUUGCAUGAGAUUCUGCUACCAUGUAGGGCCCCUCUUCACCCUUUGGUAUGUUGCUUCCAUUUCUGCAAGAGAUAAAUGCCUCCUCUAUGUUUUAAACUCACAGUAUUAUUUUAGUUACCAUUUUUCUUUGCAUAACAUCUGUUCUGGAGAUAUCAUAUAUACAGAAACCAAUUCUCUAAUACACAAUGUAACAUGGACACGUAUUUCCUCCAGAUACAAUACCCAUUCAAAUAUAUCUACAACCUUUGUGAAUAUGCCUUAAUGUGUUUGUAGGAAUUUUAGGUCAGACAAUAGGAAGAUGCAAGAUAAUAUUACAAUGAAUUAAAAUCUGGUACUUUGAGAGGGACAGAAUAUUCGCUAAAGGCAGAUUUGUGCUGGAAUGAGCUAAUUCAGUAUUUAUAUUUCCUGUGUAUCCCAGAGGUUUGUUCAAAAAUCUUUCCGAUGCCCUGGUGUGGAACGUCUCAUCCUGGGAACAGAUGCGGCAUAGGCGGAGGAAUUAGGAGUAGGGGAUGGAGUCUUUACAGGGGACAGGGUGGGAAGUGUAGUCCAGAAAGCCAUGUGAGUCAGUGGGUUUGUAGUGUAUGUCGGUCAGAAGUCUGUCAUCGUUGCUUUUUGCAUAUCUUUCAUUCAUUUGUUCUGUUCACAUUCUAUAUCUCGUCUCCCAUUCCCCUGCCUCUCAGUCUGAAGAAGGGGCUCGACCCGAUACGUUACCUAUUCCUUUUCUCUAGAGGUGCUGCCUGAUCCGCUGAGUUACUCCGUUUUUUGUGUCUAUCUUCAUGAAAAGCAUUAUAUCUUUCCAAGCAUUGUGUUUUUUUGUUCUCACUUUCUUUCCCUGUUUGACGCUUAUUUCUAUUCUGCGGAUUUUGUACAUGGAACUUGAGCAGAUGUUCCUAUUCUUAUUCAUGUUCCUGUAUCACCGAUGGAUAGAGAAGCCUAAUAAAUUGAAUUCAGGAUCCUCGUCAUCAAUUUGAAAAACCUUCAUUAACACAGUCCCCUCUUUGACCCAUAAAUCCCAGGAGACACAUAUUCCACAUUUCUCAUGAUGAAAGGUUUAAACCCAGUUACAGAACUUUCUUCUGCUCUCCCUUCCCAAAACCAUUUAUCAUGCCCUGGGUUAAAGAACCUCCAAAUUCCACUUGUUUCAACAAUACUGUUGCUCAUCAUCUUUAGAUUUUUCUAUUUGAUCAUUUCACCAUGACAAUGUACGGUGCUCUGAGAAGCCUGUUUUUACAUGAAAAAUGCUGGAGAAAUAUAAAUUGUUAACGCUAUUUUUUGCAUGGAUAUAAGAUGAAUUCCAUGACUUGCUUGUAUGAUAUUAAAAAAAAAUCAAACCUAACUUUGAUGGGAAAAUUGUUCUUUUCUGUCAUUUGAUAGCAAUCUGAAGUCAAAUAUCUUUCAGCCCAAGUGGCUUGUCCACAGCACAAUACUAAAGUAGGAAAACUGCCAGUGUUGCAGGGAGUAUAUUUUUGUGAGGUUAUAGAUCAUAACUGUUUGUUACUGCAUAAUUUAUAAAACCAUGUGCAAUGCUCCUAAACGAUACUCUAUUUUUGUCUGUAAACAUCA